AUGGUUUUCCGCAUCUCCACCUCGAAGGCGAUCCCGGCUUUUCUGUCGGGCGCAGCUCUCGUUUUCGGCGAAAUGCACACCCCCGCGGCUCCGGCUCACAUUCCGGAGGCAGAAGCGGGCGCGUUCGAGAAGUCUCCCACUCCUCGUUCCUUCACGCAAAAAACCAAGAAGGUCACCACCAGUCAGGAUCUGCAAGAGCCGGUGUUUUCGGCGAACGUGACGCUCGCGCUGCAGGUGGUGAACGACCCGCAGACGCCGAUUCCCAGUGUCUUGGAAAUCUUCGAGCAGGCCCGGAAUGCACUGCUGUGUCGUCUGGGCGCCGACGAGGACAACAAUGGAAUCGUGUCGAACUUGGAGGAGAAAAAGUGGUGCUCGUUGACCAGUUCGAAGAAAAGAACGUCGUUUGUGCAAGUCCGACCUGGUGGGGGCGUGACACAGGAGGUGGAAGAAAAUCCGGCGAGUUUCAACCAGCUCCAGCCGCGGCCAGAAAGAAAUCCAACCAGCCCGGGCUUGCGCGUGGCGUCCCAGCCCAGUGGGAGAGUGUGGGGGGACUUCAGUGGGACAGUGUUGGAGCCAUUUGAAGCUAUUUUGUGUGGUUCAGGAGGAGCGCGAGACUUGUUUCGGCCAAACGGAGAGGUUCGUUUUUCUGCGCAAGCCACCCAAGAUCCAGUGGCCGUGCACCAACCCGCCCCCGCACCAGUGACCACUGAAGCCAAGACCGACCCGCCAAACACGGGUCGGAUCAGCACACUGUCCACCUGAAUCAUGCCGGCGGGGUUUAUUCAACAGAAUCAGGUCGGCGUGCCUGAACUACGGCAGUUCAGCCACGAAUACCAAGCGCGGAGAAAAUUUUACCAAAUUGAAUACAAGUAUUUUUUUCAAUAAAGCCUAAUUUUUGAUUUAUUCUUUUGCCAACAGUUGUACGAGGGCGCACCAAGCACGCACGGACAGCAAGAAGGAUAGCACUGGCCUCGUA